AUGGCAAAACCAGCUGAUCAAUUUUUAAAUACUUUAAAUUCAUAUGCGCUAUUUUAUAAUACCUUCAAUAAUGAUGAUCGUACUAUGAACGACUGUAGUAGCAAUGGUGUAAACCCCCAGGACUUAAAGGGUAAAUUACAUAGUAACUUCGGAGGGUAUGAGAAAAUUAUGCAGGACGCCACGAAAAUCGCGAAGGCUUACUGUUCCGCGUGUGAAAAGAAAGGGCUUCAAACAUGGGGUGAUAAACCUUGUCAUUUCUUCUAUUACUGGGUGGGAGAUAAAUACGGGAACGACUUAGGUAAUAAGUCAUUGUCAGACCUUUUAGAUAAAAUUUACCAGGGGCUGAACGAAAUUACUGAUACGAAGCAAUGCAGAACUUAUUACAAAGAUUUUGACGAAACUCUUGUCAGCCACAUGAAAAGAGUAUAUGAAUAUUACUACGAACAUGCGACCAUAAACAAGCUGUUACUACAGAAUGGGCCUAAAUGUGACGCAAAUUGGUCAGGGUACCUACACGAAGUUUCCUCAGCAUGUGAAUCUAUAAGAACAAGAUGCAAAGGGAAGGAAUACGAAAGUAAUACAUAUUGCGGCGAAUUUAAAAAGAACUAUAUGGUACAUUGUGGUGUAGCGGAAGCGUUAAAUUUGUAUUGUACAGAGGCAGCUGACCUGGACGAAGGUAUGGGACAUUCCUCCAUAAAGCAGAAAUUAGAGGCCGAACGCGCCCGCCUAUCAGAACUGGAGGGCGAGGUGGCAGCAGCAUCCUCCAGAGCAGCAGCAUUAUCCAAAGCGAACGAAGAAAAAUUACGUUCGGCCACCACCACCUCUUCCAUCUCUUCUAUAUUUGGCACACUCGGAAUGACAGUCGUCCCCUUCUUCUUGUAUAAGUAUAAGCCAUGGUCUUCUUUGUUUGGUAACAAUUCUAAUGGAGCAAGAGGAGGAAGAAACAACACAAGAAAGAAAAGAUCAAGUGGACGCGAAUUUGAUGCGUCCACAGAAGACACCUUAACAACAUACACUAUCGGUGAUGCUACCACUAAAUAUGGAACAGAAGUUUCCGCUCCAUCAUACAGAGCUAAGCCUAGAGGAACAACAGGGACAGGAACAAGUAAUGCUAUACCAGGUCAUCACCAAAGAAAUAUUGGUUAUCAUAACAUGUAA